AUGUCCCAGUUCGUGGUUGCGGACACUCUUGUACCACAUGAGGAGAUGGGUCAAUUCAACUUGGGUAGUGAGGAGAAGGGAAGGAAGAAGGUGACCACCUCCAAGAGGAAGAAGAAGGUGGAGCCGAAGACAGACCGAACAAAGUGGAUAGAUGAGGAGGAUGAGCUGCUCAUGUCGGCAUGGUUAAACAUGAGCCAAGAUCCUGUGGUUGGAAUAGAUCAGUUGAAGGAUACGUACUGGGGUAGGAUCGCUAAGUACUUCAACACUUAUAGGGAGCCAACCAUGAUGACUAGGUUGGAUAAGGCUUUGAUCAACCACAUGAAGCUCAUCACGGACGUAGUUAGCAAGUUUGCAGUGCACGUGAGGAAGGUGGAGCAGCUCAAUCCUAGCGGGACAACGAGCGUGACAAGGUGGCACGCGCAUGAGUCCGCGAAGGUGCAAAAGAUGCAAGAUGGAGUCGAUGCACAGUCUAGCCAAGCAGCGUGCAAUGAAGUGGCGAACAACGCAACAUCGAGCACAUCUACUGACCUUCCUAGGCCUAUUGGAAGGGAGGCAGCUAAAGCAGCCUAUGCUCGGAAAUCACCUUCCACUACAUCUUUGGCUACCGUGUCGGGUGGGAUGUAUGAAAGGCACCUUGCUGAGAUUAGUGAAACAAAGAAGGUUAUGAUGGAGUUGAAGAAGGAGCAGAUUUCGGUCAUGCGUCUAUAG